AUGAUUUUUCUGAAAACCGUACAUCGAUGUCUAUCAUCAAAUUCUGAUCUCUCUUCUAAUUUAAUUCAAUCGUGUAAUAUAACUCUUCGUCGUUUACAUAUUCGAGUUAAUCAUGGACUUUUUCUUGAAAGUCUCAUUGAAUAUAUCCCCAAUCUCGAACAAAUAUCGGUGGAAUUCAAUGGUCCAUUACAAGCUGAUACAUUAUGGGAAUCAAACAUAGAAGCAUUGAAACAAUCAAACGAAAAUUGGUUCAAUAAAAUACCAAAACUACAAUGUUUUAGUUUAAAAACUUUUAUUGAUAAUGAUUUGGAAUUUAUUUAUUUGAAAUGGCUUCUUAAUAAUUUAAAUUAUGUUAAAAAACUUCAAGUUCAUAUUAAAAGUUGUAAAUUAGACAAUAGAAAAUGUCAAAAUAUAUGGACGUGUUUGAUUGAUGCAAAUUUCAUUCGUCAAUAUUGCUUACCUAAUUUGACUGAUUUCAAUUUUUAUAUCUCUUCACAAUGUCAAUUAUCAUAUGAUGAUAUAGAAAAAAUAAAUAAUUCAUUUAAAAUUCAUUCUUUUUUUAUUUCACAUCAAUGGACAAAUGUUAAAUGUUUAUAUGAUUCAAUAAUGUCAUGUCAGCAUCUUUUCUCUUCUUUUACUAAUGCAUUUCAAUCUUCUGAUAAUCGAAUGUCAGUUAUCAGUUAUUAA